AUGAACGGACUUCCACCAACAGCAGGGCAAUGGCAAGAGGCCCGCGCCCCCGACGGGCGCACCUACUACUACCACACUGUCACGAAAGAGACAAAAUGGAUCAAACCGGUCGACCUCAUGACUCCGCUGGAAAAAGCGCUUGCGGCUCAACCAUGGAAAGAAUACGCGACUCCCGAUGGCCGGAAGUACUACUCGAACUCGGAGACCAAACAGACAGUAUGGGACAUGCCUCAACAGUAUCGAGACGCUCUGAAUUCCGUCCAACUUCCUCCUAAGCCGGUCCAACAACCCCCUGCCUUUGUCGCCGGUGGCUCUACUGCCCUUUCUUCAUACACUCAUGCGCGGGAACGAGACGAUCACACGCCCUUUGACUCGAAGCCUCGACCCGAGAGCGCGCUCUCGGUGCCAACCAUCGCGAAGGAGGUGGUGCCGGAUUACUCCAGCUUUGAAGAGGCGGAAGCUGCAUUCAUGAAGUUGUUGCGACGGUCCAAUGUCCAGCCUGAUUGGACCUGGGAGCAGACGAUGCGGGCAACCAUCAAAGAUCCUCAAUAUAGAGCCUUGAAAGACCCCAAGGAUAGGAAGGCGGCGUUCGAGAAAUAUGCGGUCGAGGUUCGGCAGCAAGAACGGGAAAAGGCCAAGGAAAGACUGGCUAAGCUACGCACAGAUUUCGGUAACAUGUUGAGGACACAUCCCGAGAUCAAACACUACAGUCGAUGGAAAACAAUCCGUCCGAUCAUUGAGGGAGAGACGGUUUUCCGAUCCACUGACAACGAAGAUGAGCGUAAGCAGCUUUUCGAAGAGUACAUUAUCGAGCUUAAGAAACAACAUAUCGAACAGGAAGCCGCCGCUCGCAAAUCAGCGUUGGAUGACCUUGUUGCCAUUUUCAAAGCCCUCGAUUUGGAGCCAUAUACCCGAUGGGCGCAGGCCCAGGAGAUUCUUCAAUCCAACGAGAGGAUACAGUCGGAUGAGAGAUUCAAGCUUCUGAGUAAGUCAGAUGUUUUGACGGCUUUUGAGAACCAUAUCAAAUCGCUCGAGAGAACUUUCAAUGAUGCACGUCAGCAGCAAAAAGCCAGCAGAGCAAGACGCGAAAGGCAAAAUCGCGAUAGAUUCGUGGAACUGCUUCAGACCCUGCGGAGCCAAGGCAAAAUCAAAGCGGGAGCCAAGUGGAUGACCAUAUUGCCUGAGAUCGAAGAGGACCCGAGGUAUGUUGCAAUGUUGGGUCAGGCCGGAUCAACACCUUUGGAUUUGUUCUGGGACAUCGUUGAGGAGGAAGAGAGGGCUCUACGAGGGAGGAGGAACGACGUCUAUGAUGUGCUUGAAGACAAACGAUAUGAAGUCACACCUCGAACUUCCUUCGACGAGUUUCUUGAUGUCAUGCUUACUGAUCGGCGAACAGCCAAUAUCGAUCGAGAUGCCCUGCAACUCAUCUUCCAGCGUCUACAUGACAAGGUUGUGCGCAGAAGCGAGGAUGAAAAGCACGCUGCAGACCGCCAUCAACGUCGUGCCGUAGACGCACUGCGCUCAAGAAUCAAGCAUCUAGAUCCUGCGGUCCGCAUUACUGAUUCUUGGGAGGACAUUAAGGCCCGGGUAGAAAAGACAGAUGAGUAUCAUGCCGUUGAAAGUGAAGAAUUGAGGAAGUCUGCUUUUGAUAAGGUGGUCAAGCGGCUGAAAGAAAAGGAAGAGGACGCCGACAAAGACCGAGAAAGGAGACAUUCUAGACGGGGAGAUGAUCGAGACCAUCGAAAUGGCCACCGCGGUGAAACCAGAUACGGCCGGCUUUCUAAAACUCCCGAGCCCGAUGCUUACGAAGCAGACCGCCGUAAGGCGCAAGCUGCGAGGGAGCAACAAUACAGAAAAGCCGGUGGGUUCAGCCCACCGCCUCCACAGGCCCGUGGGGGAAGAGAACGUGACGAGAGACACGGUCGUCUCGAUCGUGACAGAACAUCUCCGACUCGUCGCAUGAGCACCUACGAGCGUGAAAGGCGCGAGCGGGAAGAAGAACGAGAACGUCUGUAUCGUACACGAGCCGAACCGCGCAGCAACAGGGAUGAACUCAACUAUGGCGAAGAAUCAAGGAGUAUUACAGGCAGCGAUCGACGACGGAGGAGGGAAGGAAGUGAAGACAGCGUCGAGAGUGGAAGACGCAGUGCCAAACGGAAUCGUCGAGGGGGAAGGUCGCGGUCGCGUGAGCAAGGGAAGAGCAAAACCCCCGAACCAUCGUCGAUCAAAAAAGACAAAGACAAGGAUAUGCUUCAAGUUCCGGAGCCUAGUGGAGUGCAUUCAGGAAGCGAGGAGGGGGAGAUCGAGGAGGAUUGA